CGUCGGCGGUCUCUGUCGGGCAGAUUAGGCGGUCACUGGGCACCUGCUGUCGGGUGCAGGAACAGUACCUGCCGUCGGGUACAGGUGUGGCGCCGCUCAUUGGGGUCGUGCGGCGAUCACCGUCGCGCCACACUCGUUCAGCUGGAGGCACGCCAUACCGUAGGACAGUGGCGCCGGUGUUGUUUGUGAUCCCCGGACGUGCGGUCGGUCAGUGCCGACCUGAGACAGCGGUGGCCUGGCCCUGUUGCCGCCGGCUGGUGUGCUGGUGUUGCCCCGACCGUGGACUGACGCAGCGCCGGGUCUGCCGUGAUCUGACCUUUGGCCGAGUCUGCGGCGCGCCGGUCCGGUGCGGCGUCGACAGCGGACGGCUGGACAUGCGGCUGGCGGUGAUGUGGACCGGGUCGCGUCUGCCGGCGCGGGCUGUCCUGCUGGCGGCGGUGAUCGUCGGCGCUGCGCUGCUGCCACUGCUGCACGGCCUGCUGGCGCUGCACCUCUGCCGGUCGCAGCAGGCACCGGCGCUCUGCAGCAGCCUGCUGGCGCAGACGCUGGCGCUGCAGGCUGUCGCCGCCCUCCUGCUGCUGCUGUGUCGCUACGCCGCCGAGCAGCCGCCAGCCACGGCGCUGUACAAUCUGAAUGAGCAGCUGGCGGUGCUGCAGAGCAAUCUGGUAGAGCAGAGGGAGGAGAACAAACAGCUGCUGCAGACGCUGAAGGAGAUCGCAGAGAAGCGGGGUGUUCACAGCACGGUCGGGGCGCGAGCACUGGCGCCACCGCCGGCUGGCGAGAGCGGCGCGCCGGGCCCGCCGCCGCCCACCAUCGCCGUCCUGGUGUUCGCGUGUAAUCGUGUGACGGUGUCGCGUCACCUGGACCAGCUGCUGAGCUACCGGCCAGACGCCGCCCGCUUCCCGAUCGUCGUGUCGCAGGACUGCGGCGAUCGCGCCACCGCCGACGUCAUUGCCGGCUACGGCUCCCAGCUGACGCACAUUAAGCAACCGGACCUGAGCGACAUUGUGCUGCCGCCCAAGGAGAAGAAGUUUAAGGGCUAUUUCAAGAUCGCGCGGCACUACCGCUGGGCGCUGGGCCAGAUGUUCGAGACGUUCAACUACUCGACGGUGCUGAUCCUGGAGGAUGAUCUGGAUGUGGCGCCCGACAUCUUCGACUACUUCUCCAGCACGCUGCCGCUGCUGACGGCGGACCGCUCGCUGUGGUGCGUCUCCGCCUGGAACGACAACGGCAAGCUGGACCGGAUCGAGGUGGGCGCGCCCGAGCUGCUGUACAGGAGUGACUUCUUCCCCGGCCUCGGCUGGAUGAUCACCAGCGAGCUGUGGCGCGAGCUGCGCUCCAAGUGGCCCAAGUCGUACUGGGACGACUGGAUGCGGGAGCCGGCCCAGCGCCAGGACCGGGCCUGCAUCCGACCAGAGGUGUCACGCACGCGCACCUUCGGCAAGAAGGGCGUCAGCAAUGGGCUGUUCUUUGAGAAGCAUCUGAAGUACAUACAUCUCAAUGAUAAGCCCGUGCCAUUCACUAAGAUGGAUCUGAGCUAUCUACUUAAGGCGAAUUACGACAGGUCGUUCACCGACCGCGUCUACUCGUGUCCGGAGGUGACGUACGCCGAGCUCAAGAGCCGCACCAUCCGCCACAACGGCUGCGUCCGCAUCCAGUACGUCACCAAGGACUCCUUCAAGAGGACGUCCAAGAUGCUGGGCCUGAUGGACGACCUAAAGUCGGGCGUCCCGCGCACCGGCUACCGGGGCGUGGUCAGCUUCUUCUACGAGGGGCGGCGCGUGCACCUGGCGCCGCGGCCCGACUGGACCAAGUACGACCUGAGCUGGAGCUAGCGGGCGGCCGGCGCGCUCCUCGCACUCUGUGAUAGGCCGGCCGCGGGACUGGGCUCCGUCUCCGGCUCCGGCUCCGGCUCCGGCUCCGGCUCCGGCGGCGCGCGGUCGACCUCGCGCUGUGAUACGCGCUGGCGACGGGUGGACGCGGUUGGCGGCCGAGCGCUGACACGCGUCGCGCCCUGUUGUCUGUUGUCGAGGGCACUGCGGGCCGCUGCGCCGCCGCCCUCGCGCUGGACACGCCUCGCGAGACGUGCUGCCAGAUCCCGGACGUUUUCCGGGCGGUGUCUGGCGUGGCGCACGAUGUAGAGCGUGCGCCCUUGAUGACUGUCGCGGGUUACGUGGAGCGGUGUAUCUACCAGGCGCGAAAGCCACCACCUUAGCGGUGAAUGAGCUCCCGGGAGCGUGUGGUCACGUCACCUGUUUGUCCACUAUCGUCGGAUUUGGGAAGCCAACAUCUGUAUGUUUGGUGACUAUGCAAGAAACGUGAUGCGGGCGACGCGCGCGACCUCAGCGGUUUCCUUGCCGGGCUGGAUAUGGUUUCCAGAGUGUCGUUACGUGGGUGCGUAUCAUGUGAUGCCUGAAAUUAUCCAGCGCUGGCUUAGGAGAAGGCUUUGGAGCGCGCCGGCAGUCUGUCUUGGCGCUGUCCGAGCGGCGCCGGCAGUUUGUCUUGGCGCUGUCUGGGCGGCGCCGGCAGUUAUCUUGGCGCUAUUUCGGCGGCGCCGUCCGGGAAUCUCCUCCGAGGUCGGGGAUGUGGGGUGGCGGCUGAGUUUCGGUCAAAUCCCGUGGAGGGACCACCGCCGCUGGCAGGGGGGGGGGGGGGCGUGAGCCUCCGGGGUCCAUGCGAGGGCUCGCUGAUGCCAGGUGCCAGCCACGGCGACCGAGUCUCAAGACCAGCUGGGUUCCUCAGUCACACAACGUUUUGGGUGCGUGUUGGUGGGAAAUUUAAGUCAGUCACGCGUGUGUUUUUAAGGAUUGUUACCGUGUCUGCAAUAUUUAUGUGUCACAAGCACUCUGUUUGGAAUUAUGUUUUGGUGGGCUUGCGUCGACUCUGUUUUACGAGCGUGAUGGAAUAAAGAGGCGUGAUGGAAUAAAGAGGGUGAUGAUCG